AUGGGGCCAGCCCUGAAACGCAACGCGUCCAAGAAAUGGAAGGAAGACGGCGAGGUUCCAGAGCUCGCCGCUGCGGCGGUCCCCGGCGAGGAUGCGUACGCGGAGCGCGCGAGCGUCGGCAGCGUUGGCCGCAUGACUACGGGCAGCGAGGCAGUGUCAGGGGAGGACCAGUUCCUAUGCAUCACCGUGAGGGAGGCGCGCAAUCUGGUGGCGAAGGACUAUGAAACGGCCAGCAGCGACCCGUUUGCCAAGAUCACCCUGGGACCCCACUGCAAGAAGUCGCGCGUCAUCUACCGAAACCGCCACCCCAUGUGGCAGCAGCGCCUGCUGUUCCCCCUGGAGUCUCUGGGGGAGGGGGAGCCCCUGCUGGUGGAGAUGUGGGACAAGGACUUUGCGGGAAUAGAGUUCCUGGGGCAGGUGAUCAUGACGCUGGGCAAGGCGCUGGAGAUCGCGCAGGACCCAACCACAGGCCGCGCCUACUGGUUCCCCCUGGCCAAGAAGCGCUCCACAGACAUCGUGGCCGGCCACCUGUGCCUGGGCUUUGAGGUGCUGGACGCCUUUGCAUACGCUCAGGUGGCGCCAGAGGUUGAGGCUGAGAUGGACCCGGAGGCCAUUGUGGCGGCGCUGGGGGGCCGCGCGCUGCACGUUCAGCUGCACGGCCUCAACGGCCUCAGGGCCAACAACCUGUCGCUGGGGGCCGUGAACACUGCGGCGGGAGCGGCGCCCAGCCCCCGCGGGCCGGGGGGCGGCGCGGGCAAGCCCAAGUCGUGGCCGCGCGCGCGGUCGCUGUACAUCCGGUUCGGCCGCUUUUGCCUGGAGAAGCCCCUGCCUGCCGGUUUUGACGAGCCUGGGGGCGAGUUUGAGGUGGCCAUCAACGAGGAGGUGCUUAUACCGCUGGCGCCCGCGCUCAGGCUGGGGUCGCUGGGGGCGCGCCGCAAGGACGAGCUGCACGACAUCAAGAUCUACAUCAAGGGGACGACGCACACAAUCGCCAAAACUCAGAUCCCGGUCUGGGACGUGCCCAUUGAGGACGCAGGCCCCAGCGGCGGGGGUCUCUCCCCAAUUGCCGAUGACGGCUGCGGCAGCGAUGGCGGCGCUCCCGACGCCAUAAGCGCGACAGCGGCGCUCGCCGCAGCCUCGGCGGCGGCGCCGGGGAGCCCUGCCGCCACGGGUGCUGGCGGCCGGGCGACGCCUCCCGCGCUGACGGGGGCCGCAGCGUCGGGCCAGGGCGGGCGCUUCCCUUCGCCGCGGGGCGCGCAGUCGCCGGCCGCGCGCCCCCAGAGCGGCCGCGCGACGCCACCCCUGCGGGCCAACGAGGAGCAGCCGGGCAGCCCGUCGCCGCGCCUGGACCGCGCCAGCCCACCGCCAGCCUUCAGCGGCCCUCGAUGCUCGUGGCUGGGGGUUCCUGCCGCCGUUGCAGCUGCGGCCGCCACCGGGGCCCCUGCCUCUCCCGCCACCAUUGGGGCCCGCAGCUCCAGCCCGCAGGGGCUUGGCCCCGACUGCGACCCCUCCUGCGCCGCGCUCCUGUUCAAGAAGCGCCCGGACGACCCCGCCUCCGAGCCCUGCUCCCCGCGCGGCGCCACUGCCGGCGACAACGGCAGCGGCGGCGGCGGCGGGGGCGCAGGCGCGGACAGUGCAGCAUUCAGCAUCCCUGCGCACCAGCCGGGGGACUGCGCGUCUGACGACGACGCGUUUGGUGCAGACGGCCUGGUGCAGCGCAGCAGCAAGAGCGAGAACGCGAGUGGCGGUGGCGGCGGCGGCAGCGCAGCGGCAGCGCUUGCAAUGGCGGGGCCAGACAGCACGUUGGCGCGCCCCGGCGCCGGCGCGGCCAAGGGCGCAGCUGGCGGGCCGCCAGCUGCGGGCGGCCCGCGGAGGCGUGCGGCGGCGGCGUCAUACACGUCUGGGGCCGGCAGCAACGACCUGUCCCGGAGGCUGCGGUCGAUGCUGGCGCCGGGCGCGCGGGAGGUCAGCCGCAUGGGCUGGGCGCCGCUGCGGCCCACGGCCUCUGCUGGCGACGACCCCGAGCCCCUGCCCUCCGUGGCGGCCACGGCGGCGGCGCUGGGUGCGACGCCGGCGGCGGCGGCGUCCAGCGGGGCCACGUUGCCUGUGGCAGUGGCGGUGGUGGCAGGGGCAUCGGCGGCGGCAAUGCCGGCCACGUUUGCGGCGGACGCCUUGGGAGGUGGCUGGAAGGGCUCUGGCGGCAAGCGCUACCAGCGCACCCUCGAGUCCCACCUGGCACUGACGGCAGGCAACCUGGAGAUAGCCGUCACCCUGCGCCUGGUGCCCCUGCCGUCGUCGACGGCGGCGCCCGAGGCGGUUGCCAUUGCAGCCGGGGGCGAAGCACGAGUCCUGGAAGACGAGGAUGAUGACGAGGACGUGCCGGACGCGGCCCCGCUGGUGCCGCCCCCGGCGCUGAACAUCCCGGUGGUGGACACCCCGGUCAACCUCGGGGUCAACGCCCUCUACGCCCUCAUGUUUGGCGCCAACACCGCGUUCAUGGCUGGGUUCUGGGCCUCAGAGGACCUGCGUGAUGUCAUCGUGACGUCAUGGGGGCCCCCCGCCGACCCCAACCCCGCCGUCGGCUGCGCCCUCGCGCUGCGCAGCCGCAAGGUGUCCUAUGUCAAGCCGCUGCGCAUCCCGAUACCCCUGGCUCCCAAGCAGUGCAGCGUGUGGGAGGAGCAGCGCCUCGUCAGCAAGGGGGACGGCGGCUGGGUGGUCGAGUGCAAGAUGAUCAACGACGCGCCAAAGGGGGACUGCUUCUACGUGCUCGUGCAGCUGUGCGGCCUGCACCGCGCGAGCGGGCAGUGCCAGCUGCGCAUCAGCAUGCAGAUGGUGUUCCACCGGCAGUGCCUAGGCAGGGGCAUGAUCCAGGCUGGCGCUGAGUCCGAUGCCCGCCGCGGCUGGAACGCCCUCGUUGCGACCCUCCAGCGCCACGCCGCCGCCACCAGCCCCGCGGCCGCGCUCGCCGCUGUACCCGCACACCCCGCGCUGCCGCCCGGCGUCGUCGGCGGCGCGGCCGCCGACGCGCUGGCGUCGCCGCCCGGCUUCGAGCCGCGACCGGGCGGCGGGUGGCUCGCGUCGCUGCUGGCGGGGCCCUCAGCGCGCCGCCCGUCGGCGUCGCUGGUCCUGCGGGCGCUCACGCUGCUGGCCCUGCUGCUGCUGGCCGCGGCCGUGCUGCACGCAGGCGCGAGCGUAUCGCGGGAGCUGCGGGAGCUGACCGCCGCCGUCCGCAAAUCUGGCUGCGCGUCGGGCACGCGCGGGGGAUAG